UUCUCUGCAACGAUGCAAACCAACACAGGGUUCCUAGCAAUAGCAACAGAGGCGGAGAACGACAGAGAGAGAACCUCGGAACCUCCAGGAAAGAUCAAGGAAUUAUUGAAGGAGUUCCAAGAUAUUCUUCCGGACGAUCUUCCGAACGAGCUACCGCCAUACCGAACGCACCAACACGAGAUCGUAGAGGAACAGGGUUCGAAGCCGACCUUCCGAGCACCAUAUCGGCUCAGCCCUACGGAGCUGACCGACAUGAAAAAACAGAUCGAGUAUCUCCUAGCCAAAGGACUCAUCCGACCAUCCACUUCGCCGUACGGUGCCCCAGUACUCUUCACACCGAAACCGGACGGAAGCCUGCGCAUGUGCAUCGACUACCGAGCUCUUAACAAGCAGACCAUCAAGAAUAAAUAUCCGAUACCGCGAAUCGAUGACCUGCUUGACCAGCUUCGGGGAGCUACGGUAUUUUCCAAACUGGAUCUACGGUCCGAAUACUGGCAGAUACGGAUGGCGGACAACUCUAUCCACAAAACUGCUUUUCGAACUCGGUAUGGAUCGUACGAGUAUUUGGUAAUGCCAUUCGGAGUCACCAGCGCACCGGCAACAUUCCAAGCCGAAAUGUACCACAUUCUAUGACCACUUUUGGACGAGUGCGUGGUGGUGUA